CGGGCUACAUUAACCGGAAGUUGAAAGUAAUUCUCGCGGAAGUUCCGGUACCUUCAGCUCAAUGUGACUUUAUCGUAACAAUUCUGCAGAAAUAUCCGUUUUAAAAAAUGUUUCUCACCGCAGUGAACCUUGCCAAGAGCAAAUCCAAGACAGUGUUGGUGCAGAUGAUGAGCGCUGCAGGGACAGGUUACUGCUUCAACACUAAGAGAGGACGACUCCGAGAAAAACUGGUGUUGCGGAAACACGACCCUAUAGUGAACAAGCACGUCCUGUUCCUUGAGAAGAAAAAGAUUCGCUCUCUUUAAACAUGGACCUUUGUCUUGGUGGAUUUACACAUGCACUGUUUCAAAUAGCAAGUAGCUCAGAAGCAGCUAUGAGUAAGAGCACCGAUCUACACUCAACUCAUCCGACACAUCACCAUGAAGCAUGACAACAUGCAACAGUGGAUCCAGACCAACUGAGAUCAACAACACGACAGAGUGAGAAACACUGCUCUGGGAAGCAAUACUGCACUGGCUGAGCAUAUUGAUAUGUCUGUUAGUAGAUGUCUUUUUCAGGAUUUAAAAAAAUAAUUGUGUAAAAGUGAAUAAAAAAAAAUUAAAUAAAUAAAUAAAAAAUA